UCGCGUAAACCAAUCACAGCACGUUUCUGAUAAGGCCAGGAAUCCCCCUCCUGUAUUCCUUAGUAACGGAGACGCUAACUGCCCUUGUUUAGGCACUGCAGCACACAAACAGUUUGCGCUCAUUGAAACCGGCAGAGGACCGCUUUACCAGGCUGCUAUUUGAAAACAGAAUUCUGAAGCCAUGGCUACCCUGAGUCAGAAGCCAGUGACACGGUACAACCCUCCUGAUUGGUUCACCUCCAACUUCACCAUCUCUACAAAUGCUGAGAGACAACGCGAUGCCUCGCACCAGAUCCGCCAGGAGGCGCGCAACCUCCGCAACGAGACCGACAACCAGACGAGGUGGGACCAGUACGACAACAACACGCGUCUGUCUGAUAGGUGUCGCGACAUCGACCAAUGGAAGCAGACCCUGGAGAAGACCCUUAGAGACUGUGAUGCAGAGAUCGAUGCUCUGGAGAGGAUGAAGUUGGAGACAGAGCAUUCUCUCCAGGCCAAGGCACUGCCCCUCGAUGUUGCAAUUGAGAACCUGACUCUGAGGGAGGGAAGACGAGACAUCGAUGUUGUCAGGGACAACGUAGAGGCAGAGCUUCACAAGGAAGUGGAAGUGAUUGAAGGUAUCAAGAAGGCACUGAAACAGAAGAUUGAUGAGGCCUUCGAGCAAAUAUGUCUUCUGCAGGAGGCUCGUCAGCAGCUCCAUGCAGACUUGAGGGACAAGUCUGAGGCUCUAGGGAUUGACCAGGAGGUCUACCACCUCACCAAUGACUCUCCCGGCAUCUCCUUCAAACCUAACCCCACCAGAGUGCCAAAAGGGAGCACUACACCCCAGGAGUGGGACAAGUUUAGCCAGUACAAUAAGGACCGUGCUGAGGCUGAGAUGAGGGCUUCCAACAGGCUCAGGGAGGCCAUGCAGGCCACACUCGAACAGACUGCCAACGACCUGGAGGCCCAGCGUAAUGCCUCAGAGUUUGCCUUCCGCAAGAGGAUUCACGAGACUGACCAGGCAAAGAAGGAGCUGGAGUGGCAGCAGAAGAAUACAAAGGAAGAGAUAGCUGAGAUGGAGGCGGAUAUCCGUAACCUAGAGGAGUCCAUCCGUGCCAAGCGCAACCCACUGAAGUUAGCUCACACCCGCCUGGAGACCCGUACCUACCGACCGAACGUGGAGCUCUGCCGGGAUCAGCCGCAGUACGGGCUGACUGACGAGGUGCAGCAGAUUGAAGGGUCCAUCGCCGCACUGAAGGAAAAACUGGCCACUGCACACAAAGCCCGUGACGGUCUGUAUCGUAACCUGUACCGUAUCGAGGAGGAUCUGGCCUGCAAGACCAACUCCCUCACACUGGACAACCGCUGCAUGGACGUCCGCCAGAAGCUGACCUCUAACGUCCCCGACUCCAUCAAGACAGGAGAUUCCUUCAACCGCACAACUAACCGUGCCCUCUCACCCAUCAAGAGCAGACAGCUAGACAUGGCGUAAAAGAAUUCACUAGAUUUAGUCCUAAAUUAAACCACUUCAUGUCUUUGAAAAGAUAUCCCCAGUAUUGGCAUUACAGGAAAAAUGAGAGAAUGCCUGGUUGCAUUUCAAAAUACCUUUACUAGACCAAAAACCUGCUUUUGUUAGUUGUGUCUCCACUUUAUCUUAGCAUUAAUUUGAAAGCAGUAUUUUACUGUGGCAACAACUGUAGAUGGUACAUGUGAAUUUCAAAAGGCCAAAGUAUUUAAUCAUUGUCAAAGUCUCCAUGGCAAUGUCUUUUAUAGAAAAAAACAUACGAUCACUUUGUAUUUUUAAGUUUAUGUACUAGUACAAAAUGCAUUAUUGUGACCACAAUGUAUGUACAUAAAGACCAACUGGAUAACUUAAACGUGGUGUGAAACAAAGAAUGGACUUAAGUGUGGCUGGUUUGGAUCUAUCUACACUGUAUUAUGGUUACAUUUGAGAAUGACGAUAUGGAUGGGUUUUGUAUACAUUUAAGAAGACUGACAAUUCUGAUAAAUUUUUUGACAAUUUUUCUUCAUGUGUAUAUUACAUAAUGACACUUACAGCAUCACAACAUAGAAUUCUAGCUCACUGUCCAUUGUAACAUAUUAGAGAUGCUCAGCGUGAAUGGGAAUUAAAUGUGCCUGCACUUCAA